CUCGUUAUAGUAAAUAUAGAGAAAUACAUCCAAUUUAUGCAGUGAUACCCAAAAUCUACCUGCAUAGCUGAGGUCACUAUUCCGUAUAGAUAUCAGACCAUCUCUACUUCCACACGCGAUCAAUCGUACCACAGAUUUAAGCUGCAAUUAGCGCCUUUAUCAUUGGUCGAGAAAAAAAAAGGAAAAGCGCAUCACCUUCCAAGGAAUCGAUCACGAGAGCGAAUACUACCAUACUCCAAUACUGCACCCCGCGCCAAUCCCCCGCACAUACUCACAUACUCAUAUACUCGACCGAACACACACACUGGGACCUUCCUUUAUUCUUGUUCUCCCUUCAACCCGAGACCUUCAUUAUUACGAAGCAUUGCCAUCUUCACUCCCAAGAGUUCCAAUUCAUCCAAAGCGCAAAGUAAAGCGCAAAUCCCAAUCGACAAAUCCACAUAUACGAAGCUGUAACGCAGCAAAGCACGUCGAAACCAAAACCAUGGGUUGGAUGUGGUCCUCUCAAUCCCCCUCCUCCGCUCCGAAGGGCUCAAAUCCUCCCACCGACCAAUCUAACAACAACAAGCCCGCAGCGCCUUCGCCUCCCCCUCCGCCAAAGCAGCCCGAAUCCGACUAUGGCGAUCCCGAAAUCGCCAAGUUCAUGGCCCAGCUGCAAGCAGAGUUCGGCAGCACCAGCAAACCCGCCACCACACAACCUCCUCCCCCCGAACCCACGACCAAAGACACAUCAUCAACUCCUCCAUCAUCAUCACCAUCAUCAACAACACCAUCUCAGCCCUCCUCAUCCUCCACCUCCAAUCUCUUCUGGUCCUCCUCCUCCCCCACCACCACACCCGAACCCCCCAUCCCCUCCCACCUAGACCCAAUAACCGAAUCCCUCCUCCCAACCAGCAUGUCCUGCCGCCAAGCCUUCGACGCCGCCUACUACUGCAACUCCCUCGGCGGCCAGUGGAUAUCCGUCUACCGCUCCGGCACCAUGCGCUCCUGCUCCGAGCACUGGGACGACUUCUGGUUCUGCAUGCGCACCCGCACCUACUCGGGCCCCCAGAAGGAAGAGGCCAUCCGCGCCCACUACCGCCGCAAGGAGUACCUCAAGUACCACGCUCCCGGCCGUCCCAGCAGCGCCGACGUCUGGCAGCCCAGGGACGACAAGGUCCAGCAUGAUACCGCCUUCCGCCAACACCUCGACAUGCCGAGUAUCAGCGACGAGGAGUGGCGUCGGCUCGAGAUUGAGCGAAGACGAAGGGUCCAAGAGCAGCUACAGUCCCGCGAGUCGUAGCCUAGGCUAGUGUAGUAAUGUGUUCAUUUAUGUAAAAUAUAGAAGGCUUCAGUCGGAUAUCUAGGUAGUUUUGGUUGAAUGGGUAGGGUUAAGUCGGUAGUGCACCAAGAUAUAGCAUCAUGCCAUUGUGGAAAUUGGAGGGCACUUACGAAUUUUACAAAGUUUUCUUAAAGCCUACCUCAAAGUCCUACGUCCAAUGAUAAUAAUUCAACUAUGAAGAAUCAUCAAUUAUAUAGCAAAGCUUAUAAUCAUGUCACAUGUUUCACAUUCAUCAAGACCGCAGUGUUUAUUUAUGAAUUAACUUCAUUGCUUCGUAGAAGGAUUAUUCCUGCCUAGAAUACAUCCCAUGCAA